AUGUGUAUUGAUAUCAACGAAUGCUUAUUCGGAAUGCACGACUGCGAUUUGAAAAGCGAGUCUUGCCAGAACUCCGAAGGUUCCUACAUAUGCGUCCCAAUAAAUGGCUGCAGCGAAGGAUUUGUGUAUAAUUCUGAUUGGAAGCGAUGUGAGGACAUUGACGAGUGCAAAAUGAAUAGCAGUAUUUGUCAGCAGCAAUGUACAAAUACUGAAGGAAGUUUCUUCUGUGAGUGCAACGAAGGAUAUGAACAAAGUUCUCGAAAUGCCCCUUGCUAUGAUAUCGAUGAGUGCGAGGAGAAUGAAGAAGCUUGUGGGGAAAAUUCAAUCUGCGAAAAUUCUCCUGGAAGUUUUUCUUGCUCAUGCUUAGAAGGGUUUGUGCUGAAGGAUGGAAAUUGCAAGAGCAGCGCUGUCAAUGAAUGUCUUUUGGGGACGCAUACUUGUGACGAAAAUGCUAAUUGCAUAGAUACGAAAAACAGCUUCAAUUGUCAGUGUAAUCCAGGUUUCCUCGGCGACGGGGAUGUCUGCGAUGACAUGGACGAAUGCGCCCUCAGAUCUGGAGACGAAGAUUACUGCGACGGCAUUCUCGAAAAUUCAGCCUGCGUCAAUACUGUUGGUAGUUUCGAGUGUCAAUGCAAACCUGGUUAUUUUCUGAAAAACGAUCAGUGUGAAGAUAUCGACGAAUGCGCCUCGACCCAUCUUUGUCCAAGCAAUUCUUUUUGCGUUAACACUAUUGGUUCCGCUCACUGCGAAUGCUUCGAAGGAUUUGAAGAGAGGGAUGGCUUCUGUGAGGAUAUCAACGAGUGCCAGGGAGAGGAAUACCCUUGUGAUGAAAAUGCGAGAUGUACAAAUACAGUCGGCAGCUAUGAAUGCGCAUGUCGCGGCGGCUAUUUCAUGAAAGAAGAAGGUGGAAAAUGCGAAAAGAAGCCAAUUAAUGAGUGCGUUCAAAAGACCCAUAAUUGCGACCAAGUUUGUAACGACGAAGUUAUUGGCUUUUCUUGCUCCUGCUUUCCAGGUUACAAACUGGCUGAGAUCGGGGGCAACGUCUGUGAAGAUAGUGACGAGUGUUUGGAAGAGAACACCUGCGGCGAGCACCAAAAAUGCACAAACAGCAUUGGCUCCUUUGAUUCCGGGUUCGGCAAUUUUUUCAACAAAAUGGAACCGUUCAUUUUAUACAAAAAAAAACCUUGUCGAACCCUUUAUUUUGCCUGCCACUGCAAUUCUGGGUACGAGUCGACCUCUGCUCCUGGGGAACCAAAAAUAUGCGAGGAUAUAAAUGAAUGCACAAAUGGCGAGAAUCGAUGUGAUGAGGUCACGCAAAUUUGCCAGAAUUUGGCGGGAUCAUACGAGUGUAUAUGCAAACAUGGUUUUGAAAUAUCUUCCGAAGGGGAGAGUACUGGAAAAUGCGCUGAUAUCAAUGAGUGCGAAAUGGAAAAAAAAUGUCCCGUCAAAACAAAAUGCGUCAAUUCUUUUGGGUUCUAUUCUUGCCCCUGCCUUCCAGGAUACGAAGACAAUUUGGAUUCCGAAAACUCGGCGCUAGAAUUUCCGCCUAAUAAAUGUAUAGACAUCGACGAGUGCGCGAUGACAGAUGUCUGUCACACUCCAAAUACAGUGUGUUCAAACUUAGAUGGCUCAUUUGAGUGCUCUUGUGCUCAAGGGUUCAUGUGGUCAGCUGAUUCAGAGAACGAUCUUGGCACCACGUGCGCGGAUGUGGACGAAUGCGAUCAGCACGAAACCGGGCAACAGGCUUGCGGUGCCAACCAGAAAUGCACAAAUACAGUCGGCUCCUACACUUGCUCCUGUUCCGUUGGCUAUGAAAAAUCCCCUUUCCAUAAUCCCACCGAUCAGUUCAUUUGCAUAGAUAUUGAUGAGUGCUCCCUCAAUACCACCACGUUUUGUGGCCCCUUUUCAAUUUGUCACAACAACGAUGGCUCAUACGAUUGUUCUUGCAUCGAUGGCUUUCAGAUGAACAUGACGAGCUCUCUUUGCGAAGAUGUGGACGAAUGCGCGGAGGAAGAUACCGAAAAUCCCAUCUGCCAGGACAUUGAUGAAUGCUCAACUGGUCUGGUAACGUGUCUAAAUGGAAUGUGCCUAAAUCAGCUGGGAUCGUUUGACUGCGAAUGUAAUGAAGGCUUCUUCAACGAUGAUGAUUCCUACGACUGUGUGGACGUAGACGAGUGCGCAACUGCGAGUCACGACUGCUCUCCCCGUGGAAAUUGCUCCAAUACGGUGGGCUCGUUCACUUGCGCCUGUCCAUCGAAUUUGAUCGGUGAUGGAUUCAAGUGCGUCUCUGACGACGACCCUUACGACGUCGAGCUCGCAGAUGACAGCGAAGAAGCAACGGUUGACAUUUGCGACUUUGGAGUCGUCAAAUUUAGUUUUUCUAUAAAAGAACUCUUCGAUCGAACAGUGAAAUCACUCUGCUUGGAAGUUUUCAGCUCCGACGAUUUAGCCAGAACCGACCCACAAAUAAUCCGAGAUGUAAAAGGCUUCACGAAAUACGAAGUUGCUCUCCUUGCAGAUUUGACCGAUGUGAACGAGCGGCCGUACAUCAGCGUUUGCCCGUGCAAUCAAACUUGCCAGGGCAAUGAUUUGUUCAUAAACAUGAUUGAUGAUGAGUGUUAUAGCCAAUCCUCGCAGGCCUGGUUCAAAAACGAAAGGCGGAAGAAUUUCCCGGAAGGAAGUCCCUUUUUUUUCACAUUAAAUUUUCUUCAAAAAUUACCGUAG